GCACUUCGGAUGGGGCCAGCACUUCUGCGGCCACGAGUCGGAUGCGGGGGUGACCUGCAGAGAUGCCGUGGAGCUGAGGCUGGCGGGCGGCGGCAGUCCCUGCGCCGGGAGGGUGGAAGUGAAGCUUCGGGGACGCUGGGGCUCGGUGGCAGAUGACUUCUGGGACAUGGAGGACGCCGAGGUUGUGUGCCAGCAUCUGGGCUGUGGCUCGGCUGCCGGUGCCUACUUUGCCCGCGAGAUCUUUGGCGCAGGGAAUGGGCCCAUCAAUCUGGCCAAUGUGGACUGCAAAGGAAAUGAGUCCACUCUCUGGGACUGCGAGAUCCGUGGCUGGGGUCCCUAUUAUUUCGACCAUGAUUGGGACACUGCUGUUACUUGCCAAGGAUUUUCCCGGCUGGUCGGAGGUGAUGGAGCGUGUGCCGGGCGGCUGGAGGUACGUCAGGGCCGGGCCUGGGUGGGUGUCUGCGAGGAUCAGGUGGACAUGAAGGUGGCGCAGGUGGUUUGCUGGGAGCUGGGCUGUGGAGCGGCGCUCUCCAUCCCCGGCAGCGAGCAAUUUGGGGCAGGAUCGGGGCCGCUCUGGGACGGGGGCUUGCAGUGCAAUGGCACCGAGCCCCUCCUCAGCGCCUGUGCCUGGCAUCGGCCCCACAGCCAGGGCUGCAGCACCGGCCCUGCCAGCGUCAUCUGCUCCCCCUACACGGGCUUCCGGCUGGGCAACAGCAGCUCGGGAUGCACCGGGCGGGUGGAGGUGGCAGUGAGGGGGACGUGGGGCUCCGUGUGCGCCAGCGAGUGGGAGCUGGCCGAUGCGCACGUCCUGUGCCGCCACCUGGGCUGCGGCCGCGCCUUCACCGUGCCCCCGGGAGGCUCCUUUGGCAGCGGGGACGGGCCACUGCGGCCGGACGCCUUCGGCUGCAGCGGGAGCGAGCGGCACCCGGGCGAGUGCCCCGUGGCCGUGCUGGGGAAGCCCCCCUGUGCCCCCGGAAACGCCGCUGCCGUCAACUGCUCAGGUGUGUACGGCACCUGCGGGAGGUGCAUGAAGGGCUUUUUGGCCCCCCCAAAUUGGGAGCAGAGGAUGCAGGGAUGUUUUGGAGUGAAGCAUGGUCUGAGCCAGGUGCCACAGCCCCAUGCUUCUGCUGGUGAUUUUGCAGGUGUUGGUGGCUACGUCGAGUCCCUGCGGCUGGUGGAGGGUCAGAACUUGUGCGAUGGGCGGCUGGAGGAGACCAUAACCAGCCCGGCAUGGCGCCGUGUGCCUGUGGAGCAGUGGAAGUCAUGGGAUGUCCACAUGGUUUGCGCAGUGCUGGGCUGUGGCGUUCCCAAGGACGUUAACACCUCCUUGGGUACGGCCACUGUCGUGAGCAGCAGCCCCAGCGAGAUGGACAUCAUGACUGAAGAGAUGGACAUUUUGGAUGUGGGUUCUGCGCUGACCAGCAGCCGCCAUGAGAAGAUGGAUGAUGUAGUGGAGAACAUGGACGAUGUCUCAGGGAUGGGCCCUGCACCAACCAGCAGCCCUGAGGGGAUGGUCAUCGUCUGCUCAGGCAGCCGGCGGGUGAGGCUGGUGGGGAGUUCUGGGCGCUGCGCCGGGCGCGUGGAGGUCUAUUCCGGUGGCACGUGGAGCGCCGUCUGCCAGGAAGGCUGGGAGCUGCGGGACGCCGCCGUUGUCUGCCGGGAGCUGGGCUGUGGCACGGCGCUGGAGGCACCGAGCUCGGCGCGCUUCGGUGCCGGCCCGGGGCCGCUGUGGCCGUACAUCCCUGCCUGCUCCGGGAGCGAGGAGUCUGUCUGGGAAUGCGGGCGUUCGGAAGGGCGCGAGUGCGGGCGUGGCGGCGGGGCAGGGGCCGUCUGCUCAGGUCAGUGCCGGGCACCCCGGAUCGGGGUCCAGCAGAGCCCCCGGGGGGUUGCUGGCCGUGCCGUGACCGCCCUGCACCCCUUGCAGAGCAGCUCUCCGUGCGGCUGGCGGGCGGCCGCGGGCGCUGCCGCGGGUUCCUGGAGGUGUCCCACAACGGCACCUGGGGCCACGUGUGAGCCAACGGCACCAGCCCCGGCACCGCCAACACCGUCUGCCAACAGCUGGGCUGUGGGCCCCGGGGCUGGCUGUCGGCCGUCCCCGCCCAGCAGCCGGCCCCCGCCUGGCUGGCCUGGGUGGGCUGUGAGGACGGGGCCCGCUCGCUCUGGGGGUGCCCCUCGGCACCCUGGAAUCUGCAGAGCUGCGGCCCAGGCGGGGACGCCCACGUGGCUUGUGAUGGGGACAGUGAUGGCAUCGCUGAGACGGACACAACCCCCCAUCCCGACGGUGCCACGAGCACAGGUAGCUGUGCCCGUGCCAGCACCCCCAAGGCCGGGAUGGCUGGGAUCGCGCUCCGCUCACUUCUUGCCCGUGUCCCCACACAGGUGUCCGUGGCAGCAGAGCCGCAGCGGUGACCGCGGGGACUGUGCCUGUGCCAACUGUCCUGUGCGUGGUGCUGGGGACGCUGCUGUGCGUGGCCCUGGGCGCCCUGGCCGUGCUGCUGUGCCGUGCCCGCGCCUGGCGCCGAGGUGGGUCCUGGCGGGCCCUGGCAGAGCUGCAGAUGCCGUCUCCAACGCUGUCUACGAGGAGCUGGACUACACCGCGAUGCCGGAGUACCAGGAGGUGCCCAGUCGCCCGGGUUCCCUGUCAGAGGGGUCGGUGAAGAAGCUGCCCUAUUACACCGGCGACAGCGUGGAGGGGAGUGACACCGAGGCAAGCCCAGAGCCCCCUGCCCGGCCCGAGCAUGGAACCCCGUAUGGCUACGACGAUGCCCUGGGUGUGCCACAGGAGCCCCCUGCUCCCAGCACUGGGGACAUGUCCGAGGGCGUGGCACAGAGGAGGUGGAUCUGUGUCCUCCCCACAGGUGGGAUCUACUCCCCUCCGAGUGCCCCAGGAGCCACCAGGACCCCCUCAGAACAGCCGCCGGUGCACACAGACUAUGAUGAUGCUCCGCAGCGGGCAGGCGGGAUGCCGCAGCUGCUGGCAGAGCUGCAGGAUGCCGUGGGCUCCCAGCUCGUUGUCCCUCAGGUCCAGGCAGGUGAGACGGGGCCCCUGCAGCAGCCGCGCGGCCAGGGCUGGGCACAGCAGGCGCCCGACAGCCGGCAGCUGCCCAGCCUGUGGGGCCGAGGGAAACAGGGAAGGAGCGCUUUGGCCUCGGCUCGCCACCCAGCCGCACACCGCCCUCCGCUUCGGGUGCCCGCACCCACCGGCCCCGCUUUGGGCUCCGUGCCGUGCGUGCGUCUCUCAGCGGAGCAGGUCCGGGCCAGUGCCCGGUGCCGCAGUGCCCGGCAGCGCGGAGGGACGGGGCAGGGCAGCUCCUCCCUGCCGCUGCCGCCGCGCAGCGAGGGACCGCGGGACGUUCUGCUGAGGAAGGGCCCCCGCAGGCCAGGUGCUGUGGGGGGGCUGUCUCCCCCCGGGGACAUCCGGGUGGCAGCCCACUGUGGCGGGCUGUGUGACGCCAGAAGCGGAGGCGAGCCUCAUAUUUGGGCACGGAGCAGGUUAUUGGAGGCCGCGGCCCCGCAGCCGGGAGAUGAGGCCCUGAUAAAGGGUGCCCUGGUGCUGCUGCUGCCUCCGUUGGCUCGGGCGCUGCCGAGACAUCCCCUGGCUGCGCGGGGCUCGGCGCCGGGGCCAUGGGGCCGAUGGCGGCGCUGGGGCUGCUGGUGUGCGCGCAGCUGUGUGCGGGUGAGCGCCGGGCGGCGGGAGCGGGGCCCGCGGCGGUGGCGGGCCCGGCUCAGCAGCCUCCGUGCCGCAGGCUCCGGGGAGCUGCGUCUGGUGGGCGGCGGCGGGCGCUGUGCCGGGCGCGUGGAGGUGAAGCAUGGCGGGGAGUGGGGCUCCGUCUGCGUCUACGACUUCGACUGGGAAGCCCAUUGGGCCAUCGUGGUGUGCCGGCAGCUGGGCUGUGGCCGGGUGGCCAAGGCGUCCACGUACGCCCCGUUCGGGCAGGGCACCGGGCGCAUCUGGCUCCAGCCCUACUGCCGCGGCACCGAGGAGGCGCUGGAGAAGUGUCCGCACUUCGGGUGGGGCCAGCACUUCUGCGGCCACGAGUCGGAUGUGGGGGUGACCUGCAGAGAUGCCGUGGAGCUGAGGCUGGCGGGCGGCGGCAGUCCCUGCGCCGGGAGGGUGGAAGUGAAGCUGCGGGGACGCUGGGGCUCGGUGGCAGAUGACUUCUGGGACAUGGAGGACGCCGAGGUUGUGUGCCAGCAUCUGGGCUGUGGCUCGGCUGCCGGUGCCUACUCUGCCUUCGAGAUCUUUGGUGCAGGGGAUGGGCCCAUCAAUCUGGCCAGGGUGGAAUGCAAAGGAAAUGAGUCCACUCUCUGGGACUGCGGGAUCCGUGGCUGGGGUCCCUAUUAUUUCGACCAUGAUUGGGACACUGCUGUUACUUGCCAAGGAUUUUCCCGGCUGGUCGGAGGUGAUGGAGCGUGUGCCGGGCGGCUGGAGGUACGUCAGGGCCGGGCCUGGGUGGGUGUCUGCGAGGAUCAGGUGGACAUGAAGGUGGCGCAGGUGGUUUGCCGGGAGCUGGGCUGUGGAGCGGCGCUCUCCAUCCCCGGCAGCGAGCGAUUUGGGGCAGGAUCGGGGCCGCUCUGGGACGGGGGCUUGCAGUGCAAUGGCACCGAGCCCCUCCUCAGCGCCUGUGCCCGGCAUCGGCCCCACAGCCAGGGCUGCAGCACCGGCCCUGCCAGCGUCAUCUGCUCCCCCUACACGGGCUUCCGGCUGGGCAACAGCAGCUCGGGAUGCACCGGGCGGGUGGAGGUGGCAGUGAGGGGGACAUGGGGCUCCGUGUGCGCCAGCGAGUGGGAGCUGGCCGAUGCGCACGUCCUGUGCCGCCACCUGGGCUGCGGCCGCGCCUUCACCGUGCCCCCGGGAGGCUCCUUUGGCAGCGGGGACGGGCCACUGCGGCCGGGCGCCUUCGGCUGCAGCGGGAGCGAGCGGCACCUGGGCGAGUGCCCCGUGGCCGUGCUGGGGAAGCCCCCCUGUGCCCCCGGAAACGCCGCUGCCGUCAACUGCUCAGGUGUUGGUGGCUUCGUCGAGUCCCUGCGGCUGGUAGAGGGUCAGAGCUUUUGCGAUGGGCGGCUGGAGGAGACCAUAACCAGCCCGGCAUGGCACCGUGUGCCUGUGGAGCAGUGGAAGUCAUGGGAUGUCCACAUGGUUUGCGCAGUGCUGGGCUGUGGCGUUCCCAAGGACGUUAACACCUCCUUGGGUACGGCCACUGUCGUGAGCAGCAGCCCCAGCGAGAUGGACAUCAUGACUGAAGAGAUGGACAUUUUGGACGUGGGUUCUGCACUGACCAGCAGCCGCCAUGAGAAGAUGGAUGAUGUAGUGGAGAACACGGACGAUGUCUCAGGGAUGGGCCCUGCACCAACCAGCAGCCCUGAGGGGAUGGUCAUCGUCUGCUCAGGCAGCCGGCGGGUGAGGCUGGUGGGGAGCUCUGGGCGCUGCGCCGGGCGUGUGGAGGUCUAUUCCGGUGGCACGUGGAGCGCCGUCUGCCAGGAAGGCUGGGAGCUGCGGGACGCCGCCGUUGUCUGCCGGGAGCUGGGCUGUGGCACGGCGCUGGAGGCACCGAGCUCGGCGCGCUUCGGUGCCGGCCCGGGGCCGCUGUGGCCGUACAUCCCCGACUGCUCCGGGAGCGAGGAGUCUCUCUGGGAAUGCGGGCGUUCGGAAGGGCGCGAGUGCGGGCGUGGCGGCGGGGCAGGGGCCGUCUGCUCAGAGCAGCUCUCCGUGCGGCUGGCGGGCGGCCGCGGGCGCUGCCGCGGGUUCCUGGAGGUGUCCCACAACGGCACCUGGGGCCGCGUGUGCGCCAACGGCACCAGCCCCGGCACCGCCAACACCGUCUGCCAACAGCUGGGCUGUGGGCCCCGGGGCUGGCUGUCGGCCGUCCCCGCCCAGCAGCCGGCCCCCGCCUGGCUGGCCUGGGUGGGCUGUGAGGACGGGGCCCGCUCGCUCUGGGGGUGCCCCUCGGCACCCUGGAAUCUGCAGAGCUGCGGCCCAGGCGGGGACGCCCACGUGGCUUGUGAUGGGGACAGUGAUGGCAUCGCUGAGACGGACACUACCCCGCAUCCCGACGGUGCCACGAGCACAGGUGUCCGUGGCAGCACAGCCGCAGCGGUGACCGCGGGGACUGUGCCUGUGCCAACUGUCCUGUGCGUGGUGCUGGGGACGCUGCUGUGCGUGGCCCUGGGCGCCCUGGCCGUGCUGCUGUGCCGUGCCCGCGCCUGGCGCCGAGGCCCUGGCAGAGCUGCAGAUGCCGUCUCCAACGCUGUCUACGAGGAGCUGGACUACACCGCGAUGCCGGAGUACCAGGAGGUGCCCAGUCGCCCGGGUUCCCUGUCAGAGGGGUCGGUGAAGAAGCUGCCCUAUUACACCGGCGACAGCGUGGAGGGGAGUGACACGGAGGCAAGCCCAGAGCCCCCUGCCCGGCCCGAGCACGGAACCCCGGAUGGCUACGACGAUGCCCUGGGUGUGCCACAGGAGCCCCCUGCUCCCAGCACUGGGGACAUCUCCGAGGGCGUGGCACAGAGGAGGUGGAUCUGUGUCCUCCCCACAGGUGGGAUCUACUCCCCUCCGAGUGCCCCAGGAGCCACCAGGACCCCCUCGGAACAGCCGCCGGUGCACACAGACUAUGAUGAUGCUCCGCAGCGGGCAGGCGGGAUGCCGCAGCUGCUGGCAGAGCUGCAGGAUGCCGUGGGCUCCCAGCUCGUUGUCCCUCAGGUCCAGGCAGGUGAGACGGGGCCCCUGCAGCAGCCGCGCGGCCAGGGCUGGGCACAGCAGGCGCCCGACAGCCGGCAGCUGCCCAGCCUGUGGGGCCGAGGGAAACAGGGAAGGAGCGCUUUGGCCUCGGCUCGCGAGGUCUGGGUGUGGGAGUGUGUGUUUGGGGAGGCAGCGGGGCCAGCGCGGGUCACUGGAGCCGCGGCUGUGAAGGGGCGGCGGCGCCAGCAGCGAGAGUGGAUUCCUGCGCUGGGAGCGUGCUGGCAGAGCCUGGUGAAUGGCUCCGGGGAGCUGCGUCUGGUGGGCGGCGGCGGGCGCUGUGCCGGGCGCGUGGAGGUGAAGCACGGCGGGGAGUGGGGCUCCGUCUGCGUCUUCGACUUCGACUGGGAAGCCCGUUGGGCCAUCGUGGUGUGCCGGCAGCUGGGCUGUGGCCGGGUGGCCAAGGCGUCCACGUACGCCCCAUUCGGGCAGGGCACCGGGCGCAUCUGGCUCCAGCCCUUCUUCUGCCGUGGCACCGAGGAGGCGCUGGAGGACUGUCCGCACUUCGGGUGGGGACAGCACUUCUGCGGCCACGAGUCGGAUGUGGGGGUGACCUGCAGAGAUGCCGUGGAGCUGAGGCUGGCGGGCGGCGGCAGUCCCUGCGCCGGGAGGGUGGAAGUGAAGCUGCGGGGACGCUGGGGCUCGGUGGGAGAUGACUUCUGGGACAUGGAGGACGCCGAGGUGGUGUGCCAGCAUCUGGGCUGUGGCUCGGCUGCCGGUGCCUACUCUGCCCUGGAGCGCUUUGGUGCAGGGGAUGGGCCCAUCAAUCUGGCCAGGGUGGACUGCAAAGGAAAUGAGUCCACUCUCUGGGACUGCGAGAUCCGUGGCUGGGGGCCCUAUGGCAGCCUCCAUAACUUCGACACUGCUGUUACUUGCCAAGGAUUUUCCCGGCUGGUCGGAGGUGAUGGAGCGUGUGCCGGGCGGCUGGAGGUACGUCAGGGCCGGGCCUGGGUGGGUGUCUGCGAGGAUCAGGUGGACAUGAAGGUGGCGCAGGUGGUUUGCCGGGAGCUGGGCUGUGGAGCGGCGCUCUCCAUCCCCGGCAGCGAGCGAUUUGGGGCAGGAUCGGGGCCGCUCUGGGACGGGGGCUUGCAGUGCAAUGGCACCGAGCCCCUCCUCAGCGCCUGUGCCCGGCAUCGGCCCCACAGCCAGGGCUGCAGCACCGGCCCUGCCAGCGUCAUCUGCUCCCCCUACACGGGCUUCCGGCUGGGCAACAGCAGCUCGGGAUGCACCGGGCGGGUGGAGGUGGCAGUGAGGGGGACGUGGGGCUCCGUGUGCGCCAGCGAGUGGGAGCUGGCCGAUGCGCACGUCCUGUGCCGCCACCUGGGCUGCGGCCGCGCCUUCACCGUGCCCCCGGGAGGCUCCUUUGGCAGCGGGGACGGGCCACUGCGGCCGGACGCCUUCGGCUGCAGCGGGAGCGAGCGGCACCCGGGCGAGUGCCCCGUGGCCGUGCUGGGGAAGCCCCCCUGUGCCCCCGGAAACGCCGCUGCCGUCAACUGCUCAGGUGUUGGUGGCUUCGUCGAGUCCCUGCGGCUGGUGGAGGGUCAGAGCUUUUGCGAUGGGCGGCUGGAGGAGACCAUAACCAGCCCGGCAUGGCGCCGUGUGCCUGUGGAGCAGUGGAAGUCAUGGGAUGUCCACAUGGUUUGCGCAGUGCUGGGCUGUGGCGUUCCCAAGGACGUUAACACCUCCUUGGGUACGGCCACUGUCGUGAGCAGCAGCCCCAGCGAGAUGGACAUCAUGACUGAAGAGAUGGACAUUUUGGACGUGGGUUCUGCACUGACCAGCAGCCGCCAUGAGAAGAUGGAUGAUGUAGUGGAGAACACGGACGAUGUCUCAGGGAUGGGCCCUGCACCAACCAGCAGCCCUGAGGGGAUGGUCAUCGUCUGCUCAGGCAGCCGGCGGGUGAGGCUGGUGGGGAGCUCUGGGCGCUGCGCCGGGCGCGUGGAGGUCUAUUCCGGUGGCACGUGGAGCGCCGUCUGCCAGGAAGGCUGGGAGCUGCGGGACGCCGCCGUUGUCUGCCGGGAGCUGGGCUGUGGCACGGCGCUGGAGGCACCGAGCUCGGCGCGCUUCGGUGCUGGCCCGGGGCCGCUGUGGCCGUACAUCCCCGACUGCUCCGGGAGCGAGGAGUCUCUCUGGGAAUGCGGGCGUUCGGAAGGGCGCGAGUGCGGGCGUGGCGGCGGGGCAGGGGCCGUCUGCUCAGAGCAGCUCUCCGUGCGGCUGGCGGGCGGCCGCGGGCGCUGCCGCGGGUUCCUGGAGGUGUCCCACAACGGCACGUGGGGCCGCGUGUGCGCCGACGGCACCAGCCCCGGCACCGCCAACACCGUCUGCCAACAGCUGGGCUGUGGGCCCCGGGGCUGGCUGUCGGCCGUCCCCGCCCAGCAGCCGGCCCCCGCCUGGCUGGCCUGGGUGGGCUGUGAGGACGGGGCCCGCUCGCUCUGGGGGUGCCCCUCGGCACCCUGGAAUCUGCAGAGCUGCGGCCCAGGCGGGGACGCCCACGUGGCUUGUGAUGGGGACAGUGAUGGCAUCGCUGAGACGGACACUACCCCGCAUCCCGACGGUGCCACGAGCACAGGUGUCCGUGGCAGCACAGCCGCAGCGGUGACCGCGGGGACUGUGCCUGUGCCAACUGUCCUGUGCGUGGUGCUGGGGACGCUGCUGUGCGUGGCCCUGGGCGCCCUGGCCGUGCUGCUGUGCCGUGCCCGCGCCUGGCGCCGAGGCCCUGGCAGAGCUGCAGAUGCCGUCUCCAACGCUGUCUACGAGGAGCUGGACUACACCGCGAUGCCGGAGUACCAGGAGGUGCCCAGUCGCCCGGGUUCCCUGUCAGAGGGGUCGGUGAAGAAGCUGCCCUAUUACACCGGCGACAGCGUGGAGGGGAGUGACACCGAGGCAAGCCCAGAGCCCCCUGCCCGGCCCGAGCACGGAACCCCGGAUGGCUACGACGAUGCCCUGGGUGUGCCACAGGAGCCCCCUGCUCCCAGCACUGGGGACAUCUCCGAGGGCGUGGCACAGAGGAGGUGGAUCUGUGUCCUCCCCACAGGUGGGAUCUACUCCCCUCCGAGUGCCCCAGGAGCCACCAGGACCCCCUCGGAACAGCCGCCGGUGCACACAGACUAUGAUGAUGUCGGCAGCAGCGCCCUGGGGCCGUCGCCAUGAGGAUGCCGCAGCCCUGGGGACACGUGUGUGGCGCUGUGCUGGGGCCCUGUCCCCAGGAAGGGGUGGCCCUGCCCACAGAGGUCACCCCUCCCUGUGCAGCAGUGCAGGAAAACAGCUCCUGUGUAGGGAUUUUCCUGGAUUUCUGUCUGAAUUUCCCUUUUCCUCUUAUUAAAGACUCUCGUGGUUUGACGCUG